GUCCUUUUGGCCCAAUUUUCUUCGCAUUCAAAUCUUCUUGAGAUCUUUCCCUUCAGCGCCUGUUGUUACAGCCAGGUCUGUGAGUCUGGCCCUGUCCACAGGUGGUUUGCGGGACCGAGGGUGCGCAGAUGUAAGAGCCAGGAAGCGAGAACCAAGUCUCUUCUGGCCAUAUGGGGGCAGCGGCAGACGGUGGCGCCUGCACUGUAUCGUCACGAGCGCACCUUCUGACUAGUGAGAAGGCGGCCUGCGGUGGCAAGCAGCCUCCAAGCGAGAACAAACGUCACGUACUGGUUGUCGACGACCUUUUCCUGAACCGCAUCGUCCUCGGGAAGCUCCUCGCGAGCUUUGGAUUCGUCGUCACUUACUCUAGCGAUGGUCAGGAGGCGGUGGAGACGUUCCAGAAGAGGAAAGAGAGCAACGAGGACGGCUUUUUUUGCGUACUGAUGGACGUGAACAUGCCCACGAUGGACGGGCUGGUCGCCACCAAACACAUCCGCACCAUCGAAGCAGCGUCCACCUCGCAGAGCAGCUCGAGCAUGGGGCCCACUGACAGCUGCUCCUCUGUAAGCUCAGCAGAAGCUGCGAGCUGCCAGCCCACGCGGCGCGUGCCCAUCGUGGGCGUCUCUGCCUGCAGCAGCGCAGACCAGAUGAAGAGCAAGGCGUUAGACGGCUUGGAGCUCAACCCUGCCACAGAGCGGCCGUGGGCGGCAGUGGGCAUGGACCUGUUCAUGGAGAAGCCGGUGAACCGCGACAAGCUGCGCGCUAUGCUGGCCCUUCUGGAGAGCGACGCUUGGCAGCGCGACAGCAACAGCGCCGCCGACAGCGCUCAGCAGCAGCAGCAGCUGCCCCCGGGCAUGAGCUUUGGCGGCAGCCGGCGCUGCAACUCAGUCAGCUCCUUCUCAGGAGGCCUCGACAUCAAGGUGAGCAGCCGGCCGGGAGGCGAGCAGGUGACAAAGAGGAGCCUUGGGGCCUGCAUGCAGCAUGCAGCCGAGGAGCAGUCUGCCAAGCGUGGGAGAGUCACUAGCGGUAGCGGGGCAGUGGAGGCGCUUGCUGCAGCUGCAUGUGUAGAGGAGGAUCCAGCAGUCCCUGCGGCAGGCGCCUCAUAG